AUGGGAAGGAAUAUGAUUGUAUUAUUUUUUAUUAUAUCUACGCUCUUAUGUGGUGCAAUUAAACUUGGCAUUUUGGAAAGUGAUCAAAAUCUUGUGCAUAUAUGCAAAAUGGCCAUAGAGGAUGGUCAAGAUGCUGGACAUUGCACUGCUAAUAUCAUCCAGAUACAAGAUGCUGCGACAUGUAUGAUAAAUAAUCCGGCAAAGGGUACAGCUAAUGCUAUAGCUUUUCACUUUCAGGAACACGUAGAGGCAUUCGUUAAUUCGAGAUGUGAAAGUGAAAUAUUAGAAAUAGCUGGUUUAGCUCGUUUCUGGAAUUCUCCAGUUAUGAUACGAGCUGUUACAAAUCCCAUUAUCAGUGAUCAGGAUCUAUAUCCCACCGUUGUGCAAUUUGGUCGUACAUCUGCGCUUGAUUUCACAUAUGCUAUAAAAUCACUUACUGAUUAUCUCAAUAUUACUUCGGUAGUUCUGGUGAGUUCUACUGAAAGCAGCUUUGACCAUUACUCCAUUGUAGCUGGAAUCGAACAAACUGCAAAACAACAACGCUCAUUUAGCAUAGAGAAAUUCAUUGAAAUUGAUGAAAAUGUGCUGAGAGAAAAUAAAAUUAUUGCAGAAGAACUUAGGACAGCCACAAGUACAAUCAUUAUUGGUGAUGAUUUCAACGAUCUUGGAAUGGUUCUUCGUAAUCUGGAAAUGAUUUCACUCAGCGAUGAUCAUUAUAUGAUAAUUUUGAUAUGUAAUCAAAUUAGCGAAAUAUGUACAAGCUCAAUUAAACAUAUUGUCGCUGAUGCUAGUAUUAUUAUUUUAGCUCCAAUAAUUGAACAGUAUAAAGUGAUGGUCGAUAAGCUUAGCGAACGGCUCAAUUUCACAAUAAAAGAGGAGGAAAUAGAAAUGUAUGUGACAAUGUAUGAUGCAUGUUAUGGUUUUUGCUUUGGUACACGACAUAGCUCAACUGUGAAUGGCAAGAAAUUUGCUCAAUCUAUGAGAAAUCAGCAUUUCACUGAUAUAUUUGGGAAUAUCACGUUAGAUGGAGCAGGAAAACGUUUACAAAAUUAUGCAUUUCAAUGGUUGCCAUCAAGAAAUGAUGAAUUUCAAAGGGUUAUGACAUUAUCAAUGAUUGAAGCUCAAUGCACACAUGGAAACAAAUGCUUUGAUUUGGUAACAGCGAAGCAUAUGGAAGCAUAUCGAAUGAUGUGGAAAAUUUCAAAAGAGGAUUUAAAAGUUAUUGAAACAAAACGGUCUAAAGAACAUGCAAUAAGUGAUAACUUAAGUCAUAAACGUCGACAAUUGGAUUCAUAUGCACUGGUUGGUACUUUAAAAGCUGAAUUUAUGUGUUUCAAACAGUAUAAACGAAUUCCAUGGAAUAAAGCGCAAUUGAAAUUCCUUUAUGAAUUGAAAUCAUUGAAUCACAACAACUUAACAAAUUUUAUUGGAAUUUGCUACAAUGAUUUGGAUCGUUUUUACGUGUUACAUACGCUGAUCGAACGAGCGUCGCUAGAAGACUUCAUCUAUGAUCAGCAAUUCAACGUGGAUGAUACAUUCAAGUGUGCAUUUAUCAGGGAUAUCUUAAAGGGAUUACAAUAUUUGCAUAAGUCAUCGAUUGGAUAUCAUGGAUUGUUAUCAUUAAAAACGUGUAUGAUUGAUACGAACUGGGUUCUUAAAUUAACAAAUUUUGGAAUUUCAACUAUGUUGAAUGAAUUAAUUGAUCAAAAUUAUAUACGUACUAUAGAAUUAAUUCCUCAACAAUUUUACAUCACAGUUGCACCGGAAUUAUUAAAUGGUAUUCAAAUUGGAUGGAACUUUCCAAAAGGAACCGCUGUUGGAGAUAUUUAUAGCUUCGGAAUGAUGCUUUAUUCAAUUAUUUUUCGAAUUAAGCCAUUUGAUCGACUUUCACUGAAAGAAGUACUUCAUAAUGUUGUUCAGAAAUCAUUGCGACCACAGAUUGAUAAUGAUAACGGUGAUCCGUUAAUUACAUUAAUGUGCCAAUGCUGGAAUUCAGUGCCAGAAGAACGACCAAAACUUGAAAAUAUUCGUCAAACUAUUGGAACAAUUUUUUCAAAUUCAAAAGGUAACUUGGUUGAUCAAAUGAUUAAAAUGAACGAGAAAUAUGCACAAGACUUAGAACAUAUCGUUGCGGAACGAACUUCACUUUUAGUUGAAGCACAAGAACAAACUGAUCGUUUACUUUGCGAAAUGCUACCACCAUCUAUAGCAGCACAACUCAAAGCAGGAGAAACAAUCAUUCCACGAAAUUAUGAAUCAGUUACAGUUGGAUUCUGUCAGAUUGUUGAAUUUAUGUAUUUGAUGGAGCAUUGCACACCUGAGCAGGUCAUUUCCUUUUUAAAUGAAGCCUUCAUGACUUUCGAUGAAGUAAUCAAAUGUCACGAUGCUUAUAAAGUUGAAACGACAGGUGAAACAUACAUGAUGGCAUCAGGAGUACCAAGGGAAAAUGGUGGUCGGCAUAUUUUUGAAAUUGCUGAAAUUGCACUUAAAAUACGGGAGAAAACUUUCGCUUAUAAGGUCACUGCCGCCCCAAACUGGCAUCUUCGUGUUCGUAUCGGUUUUCAUUGUGGUCCAAUCGCUGCUGGUGUUAUCGGUUUACGGUCACCAAGAUACUGUUUAUUUGGUGAUACGGUAAAUUUUGCCUCUCGAAUGCAAAGUAAUUGUGAAGCUAAUCAAAUACAAGUAGCUGAAAGUACAGCAAAAAUUUUAAUGGAAAAUUCCAAAUAUAAUCUUACAAAACGUGGAGUAGUACACGUGAAAGGCAAAGGUGAUGUAAAUACUUAUUGGUUAAAUGAACUUAUCCUAAAUAAACAACAAUAUUAA